AUGAUAAUGCACGGCCCCAUGUCGGCAGGAUCGGUGGAGGAGGAGAUCAACACCCUGAGACAGGUGCUCCUGGCCAAAGAGAAGCAUUCUGCUGAGCUAAAGAGGAAGCUGGGGCUGAGCCCCCUCAACGAGCUCAAACAGAACCUCACCAAGGGGUGGCAGGAUGUCCAGACCUCCAAUGUGUAUAAGAAGACUCAGGAGACCCUGUCUGUGGCUGGACAGAAGACCACUGCUGCCUUCUCCACCAUGGGCACUGUCCUCAGCAGGAAACUGGGAGACAUGAGAGCGCUGCCUUUCUCAAACUCCUUUGGGUAAGAGUACUCUGCUGCUGCUGGGACCUGAAACAUCCCAAUUAAGCUACUUGAUCAACUUCUAUAGCAGAUCUGUACAGUAAAUACUGCUGGUCUGUAUACUGAUCUGCUGCAGAAGUUAAUUCAUUAUAACUUUUAUUGAAUGCUAAUUUGUCAUCCCUCUUGCUGUUAUGAUCAUGA